ACCGGAGCCGCCUGCUGGCGGGGAGCGUGGUGCCCAUUCCGGGGUGCAGGUGCCCAUUUUGUCUGUGGGGGGGGGCUUUGCCCGCAGGGUGGUACGGUCAUCGGCAGCGCCCGCUGCCAGGAUUUCCGGACGCGCGAAGGACGCCUGAAAGCUGCCCGCAACCUGGUGAAGCGCGGCAUCACCAACCUCUGCGUCAUCGGCGGCGACGGCAGCCUCACCGGUGCCGACACCUUCCGACACGAAUGGAGCAGCCUCCUGGGCGAGCUGCUGAAAACGGGGGGGAUCACGGCGGAGGAGGCGAAGAAGUCGAGCUACCUGAACAUCGUGGGCAUGGUGGGCUCCAUCGACAACGACUUCUGCGGCACCGACAUGACCAUCGGCACCGACUCAGCGCUGCACCGCAUCAUGGAGAUCGUGGACGCCAUCACCACCACGGCCCAGAGCCACCAGCGGACGUUUGUGCUGGAAGUGAUGGGUCGUCACUGCGGCUACCUGGCUCUCAUCACCUCCCUGGCCUGUGGCGCUGACUGGGUCUUCAUCCCCGAGGCCCCCCCUGAGGAUGGCUGGGAGGACCACUUGUGCCGGAGGCUCACGGAGACCCGUUUUGGUGGCUCGAGGCUGAACAUCAUCAUCGUGGCAGAGGGCGCCAUUGACAGGCACGGCAAGGCCAUCACCUCCGACGAUGUCAAAGACCUGGUGGUGAAGCGUUUGGGCUACGACACCCGUGUCACCAUCCUGGGCCACGUGCAGCGCGGCGGGACACCCUCCGCCUUCGACCGCAUCCUGGGCAGCAGGAUGGGAGUUGAAGCCGUCAUGGCCUUGCUGGAAGGGACCCCUGAUACCCCUGCCUGCGUCGUCAGCCUCUCAGGGAACCAGGCCGUGCGCCUGCCCCUCAUGGAGUGCGUGCAGGUGACCAAAGACGUGACAACGGCAAUGAAUGAGAAGCGCUUCGACGAUGCUGUGAAACUGCGGGGCCGGAGUUUCCAAAAUAACUGGAAUGUCUACAAGCUGCUGGCACACAUCCGCCCACCCUCCGCCAAGAGCGGGUACACGUUGGCUGUGCUCAACGUGGGCGCCCCGGCUGCCGGCAUGAACGCAGCCGUGCGCUCCACCGUGAGGAUCGGACUCAUCCACGGGCACAGGAUGCUGGCGGUGCACGACGGCUUCGAGGGGCUCGCCUUCGGGAAAGUGGAAGAUAUCACCUGGGAUCAGGUUGGCGGCUGGACGGGUCUGGGGGGAUCCAAACUGGGGACGAAGAGGACCUUGCCCAAGAAAUACUUUGAGGAAAUCAGCGCCACCAUCAGCAGCUUCAGCAUCCACGGGCUGAUCAUCAUCGGGGGCUUCGAGGCCUUCAUAGGCAGCCUGGAGCUGAUGGAAGGAAGAGCCAAGUUUGAGGAGCUCUGCAUCCCGAUCUGUGUCAUCCCCGCCACCGUCUCCAACAACGUCCCCGGCUCUGACUUCAGCAUCGGUGCUGACACAGCUCUCAACACCAUCACCACGACCUGCGACCGCAUCAAGCAGUCGGCGGCAGGGACCAAGCGGCGCGUCUUCAUCAUCGAGACGAUGGGCGGCUACUGUGGGUACCUGGCCACCAUGGCGGGGCUGGCGGCUGGCGCCGAUGCCGCCUACAUCUUUGAGGAGCACUUCAGCAUCCGUGACCUGCAGAUCAAUGUGGAGCACUUAACCGAAAAGAUGAAGACAACGGUGAAGCGCGGGCUGGUGCUCAGGAACGAGCGCUGCAACGAGAACUACACCACCGACUUCAUCUACAACCUCUACACGGAGGAGGGCAAGGGCAUCUUCGACUGCCGCAAGAACGUGCUGGGGCACAUGCAGCAGGGUGGCACCCCGACUCCCUUCGACAGGAAUUUUGGCACUAAAAUGGGCGCUAAGUCGGUGGCCUGGAUCACUGGCAAGAUCAAGGAGUGCUCCCGACACGGUGGGUCCCAUGGGGGCAUAGCCGGGGGGGUCCUGUCUGUGUUUGCGAAGCCCCUUCCCCUUCCUGCAGCCACACCGCGCAUCGCAGAUCACCAAAACUCAGCUCCUGCCCAAGCUGCGCCCGCACGCUCACCCUUCCUGCUCCUCUAUUUCAAAGCAAAGGACCGCUGUGCUCUGUGGGCGUGGGUUCCGCUGCCCCCUCCUCAGGGGGGCUGUGAUGCUGAGCCCACUCCCGGCGCUCCUUGCAGGUCGCAUCUUCGCCAACACGGCCGACUCAGCGUGCCUGCUGGGCAUGCGCAAGCGCAGCCUGGUCUUCCAACCCCUCACCGAGCUCAAGGAGCAGACAGACUUCGAGCACCGCAUCCCCAAGGAGCAGUGGUGGCUGAAGCUGCGCCCCAUCCUGAAGAUCCUGGCCAAGUACAACAUCGAGCUGGACACCUCGGAGAAGGCGCUCAUGGAGCAUGUCAGGCAGAAGAGGAUCUCCCAGGAGUCCCACAUGUGAGGAAGGACCCUCUGAACAACGCCCCCCAAAAAAAUCCCCCACAGCAUCUUCACUUUUGAAAGAGCAGUCUUCCUGAAGCUGAGGGUUUCCUCAGGGUAAUUUUGGGCUGGUUUAGAUCCAGCCAGGUGUUUUAUGGGCUUUUUAAAGAGAAAAGCGUUCCGCAAGCGGCUCGCGUUGUGGCAGGACGUUGCAUUGACCUAAAAGCAAGGGUCGAGUCUCUAGGGCAUCACUUUAGUUUGAAACUCAGAAUUGUGACGCUUCAAUAAACCAGCACUGCUCA